AUGCCUCCAUCCGGCAAGAGAAAGAAAGCAGCUCCUGCGGCUCAACCAGCUGCGAGCUCGGAUAUGGUAGUGGAAGCCCCUGCUGUGGAGACAGCACAGGAAGAAGAGAAAUGUCCUGGGUGCAGCGAAAACGACGACAAGAGCGUCAACAAGGAUACUUGGAUAUGCUGUGAUGCUUGCAAGAUGUGGUAUCACUGGGGAAAAUGCUCUGGAACCGAUGUGCCAGUCGAUGGUAGCAAUAACACGGUUUUGACUCCUGAGCAAGUUGAUAAAUGGUUAGUACAACCAAUAGCUUUAAUAGAUGCCGUGGGUUCUGAUCGAUCAUCUAG